GGAGGCUUCAAAACCACCCAGCUCCGGGAUCUUCGGAACAUUCGACGAAAUGCAACGUCUGAGUUUGCUGCUCUGCCUCGGCCUCGUGUGCGCCGCCGCCUCGCAGGGGACCGUAGUGGACCCCAGGGGAGCGCGACCCGUGGUGCCCAACACCCGAUCUGAGAAAUGCGCCACCGAGAAGGAGUGGCCGUUCUGCACCGACGACGACUGGGGUCACAAGUGCCCAUCAGGCUGCAGAAUCCAAGGUUUGAUGGACCACCAAGAUCACAGUCUUCUGAAAAAAAUCGAGAAGAUCCGUAGCGUGCUGGAGCAGAACCAAGUCGGGCAACGCUCGGCCGAUCAGGUGACCAAGCAAACGUACGACUUCCUGAAGGAGAAGCUCAUCCUGAACUCCGGUCAAGACGACCGCUACUACAACUUGGCGCAAAACCUUCGCCAGAGGAUCUCUGAUAUGAAGGUGAAGAUCGAUCGACAGCUGCGGGUUCUGGCGGCCCUCCGUGACCGGGUGACGGAUCAGGUGGCAGACAUGCAGAGGCUGGAGGUGGACAUUGACAUCAAGUUGCGUUCCUGCAAAGGUUCCUGCGAGAAGUACUCUGAGCACAAGGUGGACCACGACACCUACGUGGCUCUGGGCAAACAGAUGAACCAGCUCCAGGGCCAGCAGCUGCAGAGCAUCCAUACUGUCCACCAGCUGGGAGUGAUGCAGAGCAGGCCGCUAGAGCAAGUGUCCUGGACCACCGUCUUCAAGUCCAAGACGGGACAGCAGCCACAAGAUGUCUUCCAGGAGGUGAAAUCCUUCCAGUUGACGCUUCAGACCGAAGGCUCCAGCUCCUCCCCCGCAACCAUCUCCAAAGUUCCAGGUAUUUCCACCUCUUCAUCACCCUCCUCCACGCACUCUAAGUCCAUCACUGAGGUCUCAGGAGGCAACAACGAAGGCUUUUUUGGCGGCAGCUUUGAUGACGUCCACCUCACCAGUAUGGACACACGAAAUUGCGUGAUUGUGACCAAGACCACGGUGAUGACGGCAGACGGCCCUGUGGAAAGGGUAGUGGAGACCAGGGAGGGCGGUCCCGCCUGUCAGGGGGUCUCCGGCACCAAGGGUGGGCUGGAUUCCCUUUUCCCCGGCGUGACUCACGUCUCCUCCAACAUCAAGACCGUUCACGUGAGCGGCGUCAAAGGAAGCCACUCGGACAUUAAAGCCGGCUUCUCCGAACCCUUUACGGAGGUGGGCUUCGACCUGGGAAAGUUCUUUAACAACAACAAGGAAGACGACGUUCCCGCCGUGCACGCUCGCAGCGUGCAGAGUGCGCACGUCGUACGCCAGAGCGAUUACACGGGAAAAGAUUGCGUGGAUAUCUUUCACAAGCACAGCCGCGGGGAAACGAGCGGCUUGUUUAACAUCAAAACCUCGGCUACUGCCGACCUCGUGUCGGCGUACUGCCUUCAGGAGGGGUUGUUGGCCGGCUGGUUGUUAAUCCAGCAAAGAGAAAACCAGAACGGCUUGCUCAACUUCAACCGAACUUGGGCCGAGUACCGCGACGGUUUCGGACUUGUGGACGCGCAGGGGAGGGGGGAGAUGUGGCUAGGAAAUCAGAACCUCCACUUGUUGACCAAGCAGGGUGAAACCCUGCUGAGGGUGGACAUGGAGGACGGGGAGGGGGGCGUAACCUCCGCAGAAUAUGUCAUUAGGGUGGGUCCCGAGGAGGAGGGGUACCCUUUACACGUCUCGAGCUACAGCGGCACCGCGGGGGACUCCCUCGCCACGGUCGAUGCGACGUCCUCCGUCUCCCACAGCGGGAUGAAGUUCACCACUUGGGACCGUGACAAUGACACGGGAGAUGAAAACUGCGCGGCCACACACGGCGGGGGCUGGUGGUACCACAACUGCCAGUCGGCCAACCUCAACGAUGGCGACGGCGCGGUGUGGGCCGGUCGCCGUAUGAAGAGAGUGCAAAUGUUUGUGCGACCUGCGUCUUUGUGACCUUCUGUAUUGACAAUUGGUUCUGUUGACUUUCCACCCCUUGUGUCCAGAAUGUUCAGCGCUGAACUUAAUAAAGAAUCGAUGUUCACCUCA